AAAUUCGUGCACUUUCACUUUUGUCCUCCGAUGGCCCGCACAUAUAUACAUUAUAUGCGCAUACCGCAAGCGGGGCGUAGUUUUUUAGACAAAGUAAACAACUUUAAAGGUGUAGGGAUACAGUUAUGUGCAAUAUGUAUAUUUAAUUAUUUUCUUUCUAUACACACUUGUGCAAUUUCACUCAGCAUGCAUAUGUAUUGGAUACACUUGGGGUUGUUCAAAAAGCUUGCGGCUCACUCGAAAGUUGCUCGAAAAAAGCUCAAAAAAGCUUGGCUUGAAAUCAACUUGGUUUUAAAUGAGCCGCGCCCAAGCCAAGGUAGGUUCAGUUCGUGGCCCGCUUGUUAGUUGUCUCGUUUAAAUUAAACCCCAAAUUUUUAUCUAUAUGUAUGUAUGUGUGUGCGCGUGUGUGUGUAUAUAUAUAAUUAUAACCUAAAACUCUAAUAUAUUUUUAAGCAAUGGUGUUUAAUUAGUAAUACGAUUAUUUUUUUUAUCGGAAGACUAGAUUAGUAAGCUAUAAUUUUAAUUAGUAAUACUGAUUUAAAAAAAAUAUAGAUUUAGGUAACCUUUCUUUCUUCUUUUCGUUUUUAUAGUUUACCUAAAAUUACUGUUCGAUGAGCCACAAACUGGCUUGAGUUUUGACAAGUUGAGCCUCAGCCCACAAUUUCAGCAUGAUAAGAAACACGAGCCGCCAGCUAGGCUCGAUUUUUAAACGAGCCCAGCCCGACCCCACCCUCAUUCGGUUCGGCUCAACUCGGUUACAAGCCUAGAUAUACUAAGAGUAUGUAUAUUUCAUUUUUUUUUUGCUUUUUUCCCAUUGAAUAUAUCAUAUAUUUUUUCUUAAAAUAACAAAAUAUAACCCAUAAAAAAAUAUAAAAAAUCAUGUUUACAAAUAACCGAAUAUUCCGGCCACCAAUUUCAUUGAAUCUUUGCAUGGCAUUGAGAGAGCCUUGUCCAUAGAUGCAGCCACAUUCUUCGUCUUCAUCCUCUGACCCUUUCACCCUCAUUCAUUUCCUGUUUCAAUCACCAAUCAUCAUCACCACCAUUCAUUUCAAUCAAUGACUUAAAUCCAUUCACCACCAUGAGCCAGAAGCUAGAUGACGCCGACUCCGACGCCUUGUCUGCUCUGGCCACCGCUCCACCACCCUCCACCGCCACCAACCGCAAGUCCCAUUCCCAACAACUCCGCACCAACACCGGCACCAAUUUCAAACGCCACCCUAAACACCACCACCGCAAACACAGCCUCGACGAGGCCACCAUGACCGGGUUUAACGAUUACUCUGACGACGACGACGAUAAUAACUUCUGCCCGUACGCCACCUCAGACGACCCGCAAAACCAACAAUCCUGUUACAUUAAUAGUAAUAAUAAUGACAAUGACAAUAGUUGUAAUGAUAAUAAUAAUUCAUCGCCUUGUGACGAGCAGCAAAUGCCGGAAUUCUCUGGCACAGGCGGUGGGACGGGCUUUUUCAAAGCCCCAUCCCGGUCUGCUGUGCACCCAGGCCGGCCCACAGCAAUUGAGUUGAGACCUCACCCGUUGAGGGAGACUCAAGUGGGGAGGUUCAUCCGUACAAUUGCGUGUACGGAGACUCAGCUAUGGGCCGGUCAGGAGUCCGGGGUAAGGUUUUGGAACUUUUCGGAUGCGUUCGAGCCCGGGUUGGGGAUUGGGGGCCGGGCUCGGCGUGGGGAUGAAGAUGCGGCGCCUUUUUAUGAGUCUGUGAAUACGUCGCCCACCAUGUGUUUGAUGAUAGAUUGUGGGAGUAAGUUGGUUUGGAGUGGGCAUAAAGAUGGGAAAGUUAGGUCUUGGAAGAUGGAUCAGCAGCCUAAAGAUGAUGUUUGUUUUAAAGAAGGGCUUUCGUUUCAGGCAUAUCAACGCGGCCCGGUUCUUUCCAUGGUGACUUCUUCUUAUGGUGACAUAUGGACAGGGUCUGAGAAUGGAGUGAUAAAGGUUUGGCCAUGGGAAUCAGUUGAGAAAUCGCUCGCUUUAUCGCCUGAAGAACGUCACAUGGCUGCUUUGCUAGUUGAACGGUCGAGUAUCGAUCUCAAAAGCCAAGCCACUGUUAAUGGUGUCUGUAGCAUAUCUUCUUCGGAUGUCAAGUAUUUGUUGUCGGACAAAGUCAAGUCCAAAAUUUGGGCUGCGGGUUCUCUCAGUUUCUCAUUAUGGGAUGCUCGUACGAGGGAACUUCUGAAAGUUUACAAUGUAGAUGGACAAAUCGAGAAUCGGGUUGAUGCAGCGUCAGAGAAAGAUCAAAAAGAUCAACCUCCAGAAGAGGAAGCUAGUGUAAAAGGCGGUUCAAAAUCGAAAAAAGAAAAACAACAAGGAGGUGGUUUUUUACAAAGAUCAAAGUAUGCAAUAAUGGGAGCUGCAGAUGCAGUUAGGCGAGUUGCAACCAAGGGUACGAACGCAUUUGCAGCAGAAGACGCUAAAAAAACCGAAGCUCUUUUGCUUGCUUAUGAUGGAACGAUCUGGACCGGAUGUUCAAACGGUGUAUUGGUCCAAUGGGAUGGUAACGGAAACCGUUUGCGUGAUUUUCAUCACCACCAUUGUGCAGUUCUUUGUUUUUGUACUUACGGGCCACGGAUAUGGGUCGGGUAUGUGAGUGGUAUGGUCCAAGUGAUUGAUCUUGAGGGAAAUUUGAUUACGGGUUGGAUUGCUCAUAAUGGGCCCGUUAUAAAAAUGGUAGUUGGGAACGGAUCGAUUUUUAGUUUAGCUACACAUGGUGGUAUACGUGGGUGGUACAUUUCAUCUCCCGGGCCUCUUGAUAAUAUUUUAAGACCAGAAUUAGCCAAAAGAGAACCUAUGUAUAAUACGCUUGAAACGGUUAAGAUUAUGGUUGGUACAUGGAAUGUCGGUGAAGGAAAACCGUGCCACGAAGCACUCGUUUCGUGGGUAGGAUCACAAGCUUCCGAUGUCGAUAUUAUGGUCGUUGGCUUGCAAGAAGUGGAAAUGGGGACCGGAUUUCUUGCAAUGUCUGCUGCUAAAGAAACUAUAGGUGUUGAAGGGAGUUCUAACGGACAAUGGUGGCAAGAUGCUAUCGGGAAAGCUAUGGGUGAAGGAUCUAGUUUCGAACGUGUAGGAUCGAGGCAGCUCGCAGGCCUGCUCAUAGCCAUUUGGGUAAGAAAGAGUCUUAGAACACACGUUGGCGAUCUUGAUGUUGCGGCAGUUGCUUGUGGCUUGGGUCGUACUAUUGGUAAUAAGGGGGGUGUAGGGUUGAGAUUGAGAGUUUACGACAGAAUAAUGUGCUUUGUAAACUGUCACCUGGCUGCACACCUAGAAGCAGUGAACCGCAGGAACGCAGACUUUGAUCACAUAUACAAAAACAUCACGUUCGGUCGAUCAAUCAACAAUGCAUCUGGUAUGGCGCGAUACCUGUUUUUGUGUUGCUCUCUUGCCUUCUCCACAUAUUUAUUUUGGGUGCUUUAUUAUUAUUCCUAUGGCUUGCUAUGGUUUCUCCUCGUUCUUACAGCUAGUGUCUCGUCUACUGCCCAAAUGCUUCGCCCUGCUACUUCUGUGGCUAUCAAUCCUGAUGAGGGGAAGCCGGAUCUAGCGGAAGCUGACAUGGUUAUCUUUUGUGGAGACUUCAAUUACCGUCUUUUUGGAAUAACGUAUGAUGAAGCACGUGACUUUGUUUCGCAAAGGAGUUUUGAUUGGCUGAGAGAAAAGGAUCAGCUUCGAGCCGAAAUGAAAGCUGGCAAAGUUUUUCAAGGAAUGAGAGAAGCGCUUAUCAGAUUUCCGCCAACUUACAAGUUUGAGCGAGGGAAACCUGGUUUAGGAGGAUACGAUUCAGGAGAGAAAAAACGUAUACCUGCAUGGUGCGAUAGAAUAUUAUACCGAGACAAUCGCUCAUCACCAACGUCAGAAUGCAGUUUAGCAUGCCCUGUUGUUGCUUCAGUUUGGCAGUAUGAAGCUUGUAUGGAUGUAGUAGAAAGUGAUCACAAACCGGUUCGCUGCAAAUUUAAAGUCCAGAUUUCCCAUGUGGAUAGAUCAGUGAGACGACAAGAAUUCGGGAAAAUAUUCAUGUCAAACGAGAAAAUAAGAUCUAUACGCGAAGAGUUACGUUGUGUUCCAGAUACUUCACUUAGUACAAACAAAAUAGUCCUUCAGAAUCAAGAAACACGUUCGCUAACGAUCACAAAUAGAAGUAAUAAAGACGAUGCAAUUUUUCACAUUUUAUGCGAAGGUCUUUCGGCUGUUAAAGAUGGUGAAGAACCAGAGUAUCGAAACAGAGGCUCGUUCGGAUUUCCUAGGUGGCUUGAGGUGGCUCCUGCUGUAGGCAUAAUAAAACCAGGAAACACAGCAGAAAUCUCGAUACACCAUGACGACACACACGCCUCAGAAGAGGACGGGGGCCCACAAUACUGGCAUUCUGAAGACACACGUGACAAGUUAGUUAUCUUAUCAGUAGCAAUUAGAGGCAGCAAAUCAACCGAAACAAGAAGUCACCAAUGUCAUGUACGUCACUGCUAUUCUCCCAAGAACACGGUGCAACACGAACCGUCAACAAAAGGAGGUCAGAGUUCUAAAAAACAUCAAAGUUCUCAUCAACGGUCUUCGGCUAAACAUAAUGACAAGCUUGAUGAUCAUCAUCGUAGUAGACAUGAACAUUGAGUAAGUAAAACUAGACAGCUUAAAUUUGUAACUUUUUAACAGGUUGAUUUGUAUUUUAUUGUUGAAUUUUGUGAAUUAGAUAGCUUAAAUUGUAUUUUUUUGUUGAAUUAACUAAUAUAUUGUUAUG